AUGGGUGCUGAUCAGAAAAUCUCUCAGAAUAUCAAUGAUCACGCCGGGCUACAAAACCGCGUUACAAAAUCAAUUGUUAUCUUCUAUGUCUUUAUUGUUGCCACUAUGUUCUUCAUCAAUUCUGAUAUAGAUAUCAUUUCUAGUUCUCCAGCACUCUCAUCAUUUGGAUUCAUAAUGCAAAAACAAACUCAUCAAGGUGAAAAGAGUGGUGUGAAUCUUCAGCUUUCCAUAGAAAAAAAUCAUGAAGAAGAAGAAGAAGAGAAUCUAAUUCCACCACAAAAUGUUACAAAAGAAGAAAGAAUGGCGUGGUUCAGGAAAAACUUACCUAAAUUUGAGAUACUCAAACCAAGCUAUAACCCAUCUUCAGCUUCAUUUCAUUUAAGGGUCCUCAGCUUCCUCACUCAAAAUUGCUCAACAUUUUUCUUCGCCAUAUGGUUGUCGCCAGCGAAGAAUUUUGGCAAAAGGGAGUUCAUAACGUUUGACACACUUUUCAAGGUCCACCCUCAAGGAUGCUUGCUGAUCCUAUCAAGAUCCAUGGAGUCGAAACGAGGUUACCGGAUCCUGAAACCGCUCCUAGACCGCGGCUUUAAAGUUCAAGCAAUUACUCCGGAUUUGCCAUUCUUGGUCAAGAAUACCCCAGCUCAAUCUUGGCUUGAAGGGAUCAAGAAUGGCAACAGGGACCCUGGAUCAAUCCCAAUAUCUCAGAACCUCUCAAAUUUGAUGAGGCUAGCAAUGCUAUACAAGUAUGGUGGUGUGUAUUUGGACACAGAUUUGAUCUUUGUGAAGGAUAUGUCAGAAUUGAGAAAUGCAAUUGGAGCACAAUUUGUUGAUCUAGAGACAAAACAAUGGUUGAGGCUAAACUCAGCAAUUAUGAUAUUUGACAUGAAACAUCCAAUUCUACUUGAUUUACUAGAAGAAUUUGCAUCAAGUUUUGAUGGUAAUAAAUGGGGUCACAAUGGUCCUUAUUUGGUUACUAAGGUUGUGGGGAGAGUAGUUGAAGGUAAACUAGGGUACAAUUUAACUGUUUUGCCACCUAGUGCAUUUUACCCUGUGGAUUGGAACAAGAUUAAGGACUAUUACAAGAAGCCUACAACUGAUUCUGGAACAACUUGGGUGGAUAAUAGGUUUGUGGAAUUGAUUUAUGGAGGGAAGACUUAUGCACUUCAUUUGUGGAACAAGAAGACCAGAGAUCUUGAGAUUGAAGAGGGAAGCGUCAUGGAAAAAUUGUUCACCGAUUAUUGCCUUACUUGUUCCAAUUUUACUAGGACUUAG